CAUUCAGAGGAAUGGCUGCUCCCUCUUAGCACAACAUUAGCGGCUCACGCUGAGGAGCAGCUGGGAAUGAGCGCCACGGGCGGAUUUAUCCCAUCUCGACUGGUCGGAGCUGAGGUCACUGCUGCGGAAAACCAUGGACUUAACCGCCACCUUGUAGCUAUCCCGUGAACUCCGCGAAAUCCCCGGUUUUCGCCGCCUGCCGUUGGCUAGCGCGUUAGCCGCCACAGAGCUCGCUCCUCCCGCCGCCGCGCCUCCAGACAAGCCGUUCAUGCUCCACUGGGUUCCGGCCGCCUUCCCAACCAGUCAGAGCACCGGGGAGCCCCGCGUCUAAAUGCCCGAGGAAGGCCCCAGGAUGAACGGCUUUUCUAUCGGCGAGCUGUGCUGGCUCUUCUGCUGUCCGCCCUGUCCCAGCCGCAUCGCGGCCAAGCUGGCCUUCCUGCCCCCGGAGCCCACCUACUCCCUGCACACCGACGCCGACGGAGCCACCAGCCUGCGCCUGACCGAGCGGGCGGACUGGCAGUACUCCCAGCGGGAGCUGGACGCCGUGGAGGUGUUCACCACCCGCUCCGGCCGGGGGAACCGGGUCGGCUGCAUGUUCGUGCGCUGCGCCCCGAACAGCCGCUACACGCUGCUCUUCUCCCACGGGAACGCCGUGGACCUGGGCCAGAUGUGCAGCUUCUACAUCGGCCUCGGGUCCAGGAUCAACUGCAACGUGUUCUCCUACGACUACUCCGGGUACGGGGUCAGCACCGGGAAGCCGUCCGAGAAGAACCUGUACGCGGACAUCGAGGCCGCCUGGCAGGUGCUCAGGAACAAGUACGGCGUGACGCCCGAGAACAUCAUCCUGUACGGUCAGAGCAUCGGCACCGUGCCCACCAUCGACCUGGCCGCCCGCUACGAGUGCGCCGCCGUCAUCCUCCACUCGCCGCUGAUGUCGGGGCUGCGGGUGGCCUUCCCCGACACGCGCAAGACCUACUGCUUCGACCCCUUCCCCAGCAUCGACAAGGUGUCCAAGGUGGCGUCCCCGGUGCUGGUGAUCCACGGCACAGAGGACGAGGUGAUCGACUUCUCCCACGGCCUGGCCAUGUACGAGCGCUGCCCCCGCGCCGUGGAGCCCCUCUGGGUGGAGGGAGCGGGCCACAACGACAUCGAACUCUACGCCCAGUACCUGGAGAGACUCAAGCAGUUCAUCUCCUUCGAGCUCUCCACCUCCUGAGGGGGGGCCGCGGGGGGCCGGGGUCCGGAUCAGGUCGGCACACUUCAACAAGAGCGCCCCCGCCCCGCCCCCUCCCCCGCCCUGCUCCUGGAGCCAGGUCAGGGUGAAGGAGGGGGGGCGGCGGGCUGGAAGGGGGCGGGGCCACAGUGAAGCAGUGAGCCCGGGCCCUGGCUGCUCCACCCACAUUCAUUUCUCACUCCUCUUCCUCCCAUCGCCUCUUUCCUUUCAACUGAAAAAAAAAAAUCUUUACAAUCUUGAUUUUUGUAUUCUUUUAUACAAGGUAAAGAAGUAUCAAAUUUUUUGCACCUGAAGAUACAAUUGUUGAAGGUUUUGUUUUUUUGUUUAAUUUUAUUUCACCAUUCAGGGUUGAUUCAUGGCACUUUUAACGUGCAGGUAUUUUCAGGUAAUGAUUUUGUUUUCUGUGUUUGUAUGUCGAUUUUCUCUUCUUUUUUUGUCAUUCCAUUGUGAUGAUUUUUUUUUUAAUUGUAAUUUUAAUAUUUUUUUGAAAGUGCGUGAAAGCUGUCAGUGUGCGCGAGCACAUCUGGCUCUGCAGCUGCGAAGGCCCCGCUGCGUGCUGCUCUCUCAUUCGAGGACAAGUCGAUGCCAGACUGCAGUUGAGGAAAUGACUGAUACUCCAUUUGUUUAUUGGCAAAACAAACCGGGAGACGAUGGAACAGAUGCUCCUCCUUCAGACGCCGAUGUUCGGCCCGGCGUGUCCAAGACGCCGCCGAUGAGUCAUCGCUUCAAGAUGAGCAGUGAGGACAGGCGUCAAAUGUUGGAACCACGACUUGAAGAGUUAAACCAUUUAUAGAAAUAAUAAUGUGCGUCUUUGUGGUGAAUGUAAAUACUAGUGUCCGUUUUCUCAAACACCUCAAGUAUAUGUGUUUUAAUGAAUCUGUGAGAACUAAAUGGUAAAGUAUUGAUAUACGUUUAAAGAGCUCUGGUUUGAUUCCAGUCUUUGUGGUUGCGACAUUUGACGUUUUGAUGUGAUAACUGCUCAUCGUGCCAAAAAACGGAUUCAUCGAAGCCUGAACGAUCGGUGGUCGUGCUGUCGGUUUGCGUCCCCCUCCCUCGGUGGCAGAGCAGCAGGUACGAGGGCCCGGCUGUCCGGAGCGUCACUCAGUACUGUAACCUGAAGCCAGCCAGCAUGGCGAGUGUCAACGUUUAAUUUAUCUCUCUGAAUAUGAAGCCUUAUGUUUGUACACAUUUCACCCGGACAUUCCUGUGGACUGCAGCGGGGGUCUCUGCGGUCCUCAGGGGCGGGGCGGGGCGGGGAGGGGGGCGGGGCCUGAUAGCUGCUGUUUAUCAGAGGAAUCAGUCAGUCGAUCACUGUGAGAGUCAGCUGAAUCCACAGCGAGGUACUACAACCAAGCCCCCUUUACUUUUUAACUCCUGUUUUUAAACCCUUCAGUGUGAUGAGACGCCAUUUCCCCGCAUCACACUCCAAAGAGACUGAACCACUACAAAUAAACCCACCUGGACCGCCGUGGACCUGGGCUACGCAUGCAGAUCACCUCUCAUAGUUGUGAACUCGUAUCUCAAUUGUUUUUUUUUGAACCUGAAAAUGAAGGACGCUGAAGGAAAACGCUUUUUAAAAAAAAAAACCGAAGCUCGUCCUGCUGAUUGCGUUGGAGGAACUUGUCCUGGUCGUCAGAUCUGUGUGUUUCUGUGACGUGAGUCGUCGGUGGGGUGUUCGUCUUAUGGAGUCAUCGAUCGGGGGCCCGCUGUGUUUGGAUUUAAAAGAGAGAAGAAUCCCUCCAUCAUCUCCAGUUCCUUUCCUCUCGUACCUCUUUUUAAAGGAAAUGAAGACCCCUUGCUUUAGACCUGAUUGUUGUUUUGAUACUGACAUUUUUAUGAGGUUUUCCAAGUCGAACUCUUCAUAGAUUUACACUGUCUCUUUAAAA